GGUGGGUCAAAGGUCAGGAGGCGGAGGUACGCCCAAGAUGGCGGCCUCCAUGAGCGACGUGUUCUCCUUCUGCGUGGGCGUGGCGGGCCGGGCCCGGGUCGCCGUGGAAGUCCGCUUCGUGAGCAGCGCCAAGGGAAAGGGGCUGUUUGCCACACAGCUGAUCCAGAAGGGGGAGACCAUAUUCAUAGAACGGCCCCUGGUGGCUGCGCAGUUUCUCUGGAAUGCACUUUAUCGCUAUCGAGCCUGUGACCACUGCCUUCGGGCACUGGAGAAGGCAGAGGAGAACGCCCAGAGGCUGACCGGGAAACCAGGCCAGGUUCUGCCUCACCCCGAGCUGUGCUCUGUGCGCAAGGACCUCCACCAGAACUGUCCCCACUGCCAGGUGAUGUACUGCAGUGCAGAAUGUCGGCUGGCUGCUGCUGAGCAGUACCAUCAGGUCCUGUGCCCAGGCCCCUCGCAGGAUGACCCCCUGCAUCCCCUCAAUAAGCUGCAGGAGGCAUGGAGGAGUGUUCACUACCCCCCUGAGACUGCAAGCAUCAUGUUGAUGGCCCGGAUGGUGGCCACAGUGAAACAGGCUAAGGAUAAGGAUCGCUGGAUCAGGCUCUUCUCCCAGUUCUGUAAUAAAAUGGCUAACGAGGAGGAGGAAAUUGUCCAUAAACUCCUGGGGGACAAAUUCAAGGGCCAGCUGGAGCUCCUGCGGAGACUCUUCACAGAGGCGCUUUAUGAGGAAGCACUCAGCCAGUGGUUCACUCCCGAUGGAUUCCGGUCUCUCUUUGCUCUUGUUGGGACCAAUGGCCAAGGAAUUGGGACCAGCUCCCUGAGCCAGUGGGUCCAUGCCUGUGACGCUCUGGAGCUGAAGCCGCAGGACCGUGAGCAGCUGGACGCCUUCAUUGACCAGCUGUACAAGGACAUCGAGGCAGCAACUGGCGAGUUUCUUAACUGCGAAGGAUCUGGCCUCUUUGUGCUUCAGAGCUGCUGCAACCACAGCUGUGUCCCCAACGCAGAGACCUCCUUCCCAGAAAACAACUUCCUUUUGCAUGUCACCGCCCUGGAGGAUAUUAAGCCAGGAGAGGAAAUCUGCAUCAGUUACCUAGACUGCUGUCAGCGGGAGCGCAGCCGCCACAGCCGCCACAAGAUCCUCAGGGAGAACUAUCUGUUUGUCUGUUCCUGCCCCAAAUGCCUGGCAGAGGCUGAUGAACCCAACGUGACAUCUGAGGAGGAGGAGGACGAAGAGGAGGAGGAAGGAGAGCCAGAAGAUGCGGAGCUGGGGGAUGAGAUGACUGACGUGUGAUGUGGCCCUUCCUGGAAGGGGUCCUACCCCAGACCGUCGGAAAGGGGGGCCUUCCCCCAGAGCAGAGGCUUGGAAGGAACUCCCCACUCCCGUUGCCUGCUUUCCCCCAUUCCAGCUCUGUUUCUGCCAGAGGGUAGGACAGGCAGGACCCUAGGCCCUCCACACCCCCCCGGACCUCACGCCCUGGACACUGCUGCUGAGGGGCUCAGGCUCUGUGCUGUCCCUGAGCCUCUCAGAACUGGCCUCCUCCUGAGGUACGGGUAUACAUGGCUGGAACCAAGGUCAGGGCCUACCAGUCUUUCUUCCCCUUGGCCCCAUGGCCACACUUACCCAUCCACCCCUCUCAACUUGCUACGGAGAGGGUAGCAAAGUGAUAAUCUGAGAACAGCCUGACUUCAGUGAAGAAGAAAGCGGGUGAGAUGCCCUCACCUCUUCCCCACCUCCCACUGUUGUGGUCUGACCACUAGCACAGCUGGGAGAGGCAGGGAGGAGCUGGGCCUCCAGAGCGCCUUCCCCAAGGCCCUCUGCAGGACAACACUGAACCGGGGCGAUUACCCGCCUCUCCCACCUCCCCACUCCUGCCACUGAGACAGCAGGGAGAGUGGAGAUUAGCCCCCUCCCCAGACCCUGGAACCUCUGUGCCUUGCCUCCUGGGCCCUGGCACAGUGGCCAGCCCCGUGGGAUGGGUAUGGAAGAGGCCUCUGCCUCCCCUGGGUGGGGGGUGUGGGGGAUCAUCACCCCUUCACGCCCUCUUCCCACUGAGGACUCUAGCAGCAUGGCUGAGACCUGGAGGAUGAAAGGUCUGUGCUCCUUAAUUUAGGCUGUUCCAGAAUCUUCUAGAAAGAAUCAGUGAGGGCCUCCCCUGGCCUCAGUCUCCAUCUUUAGGGUCUCCACAGAGGAACACUGAAGUCUUCCAGAAACCUAGAAGAGCUGGUCUAGAUACUCAGAUUAGCCAUGACUGUGGCCUCCUCAUCCCCAGAUUAGCACUACCCCUCACUCUUGGGUCGGAAGCUGUGGAAGUUAUAACCCAUCACUUGCAAUUCCUUUCUGCCUGCCUUCCUUGAGGGGCCUGCCACGCCCCUGCUGAAGGAUCCCACGGAGAGCAGGUGCCACCCCACAGGCCCUUUCCUGGGUCAUGAGCCAGGUAGAAUCUGCCUGUCUGGCCUAUUGGGUUCUUACUCCUUCACAGCAGCCAACACCCCCUCCCACCCCGCCUGCCCACUGUUUUCAAUAAAACACGAGAGGUGA